AUGGCGACGACUACCAGCCUCCUGCACACCGCGCUCCAGAACCUGCACGUCGCGCAGCAGGUCGCGCACCCCUCUCACACUCCCCGGCCGGCGAGCAGUGUCGACUCAGGGCGCAGCUCGCGCGCCGGAUCGCGCAUGGCGAGCGACGACGAGGACGACGAGCUCGUCACCGUCGGCAAGGGUACCGCCCCUGGCACACCCAUCCCGGGCAAGGGCCAAGUGCUUGGUCAGCGCAUCAAGAAUGCGUCGAAUGAUCCGAACCGGGCUCUGCACCUGCCCCAGCUCAAGGCGCAAGAGGGCAAGAUGCGGACGCUGGACGAUGGCACCGAGUUCUUCGACCCAUAUGACAAGGGUCCGAAGCUCUCUACGCUCGCGCCGGUCCCGCUGCCGAAGAGCGCCGCGCCCCAGUGGUCCAAGGCCGAGAGCAAGAAGGCGUGGAAGGCCCAGUUCAAGCACACGCUGUACAAGGGCGACGACGACGAUGACCAUCCGAACCGCGUCGACGUCUCGGCCCUCUCUUCAGGCUAUUCGACUCCCGGCGGGGGUCGGCACGCCUACUCGGGUCUAGGAAGCGGCAACGCGAGCCGCUGGGGUCCCGGCGAGAGCGGCAGCAUGACGCCCAGUGAGAGGAAAUUGGCAGCAAGGGAGGAAUACAAGGCCCUCGGCGGCAGGAAGAGCAGGAGGAAGAGAAAGAUGGCGGGAGAGCUCGGCGCGAGGGAUAAGGGCGGCGCGGCGGCUAUUGUGGACGAUGGGCGGUUCGAUUGUCCGUGGUAG